GCCUGCCAAAGCAAAUGGAAGAGUAUGCAAUAAAGAAAGGAGAAAAAGGAGAGAAAAGAAUCCCAUUGCCAACCCAUCUCUCUUUCAGUCACAAACUGAAGCAAAAGGUUUCAUCAUUCUCCUACUCAGAUGAACUCCCCUGCUCUCUUUAUCCACCUCCCUCAUACUCACACUUCGCUUUGUUCAUGCAAGAUCCAAAGAACUCACAAACAAGGAGACCUUGGUAUUAUAGAGCAAUGGAAAUGGCCACUCCAUGGAAAGCCUUUUCCAAGUCAUCUGAAUUACUCCCCACCCCAAACACCACCUUGUGGAAAACCAUUUCCAAAUCCACAGACCUUCCAACCACAACAACCACCACCACCACCACCACCACCAGGUCACAGAAGCUCCGAAAAUGCACCUCUCUAAGGGUUGCCACCACAUUCACUAGAGUUUGUCUGUGCGCACCAAUCUCCUCCUACACCGAAGUCUUCCAAGCCGAAAUCCCACCUAGAAGAAGCAACACGUACCCGAGAUCAAAGCCAUUUUCCAACCCACAAGAAAAUAUUAGAAUUCCAAGCGCGCGAAUCAGCACGGAGAGUACUAGGAGGAUUUUCCGCGGGAAGUCUCUGACAGAUGAUGUUCUAAUGAGGAGAUUUGUUGUGGAAGAAGAGGCAAUGAUGCAGGUGAGGAGGAGGAACCAGAUGGAAGUUAUUAGGAGGAGGAGUGCUUUGAGAAGGAAGAAACUUGGGCCUAGCCCUCUUAGUAGAAUGGUCAUGGCUGAGGAAGAAUGAAGCUGUGACAAGUUGUUUUUUAGUUUAUAUAUAAACCUGUGUCCAAUCAGUAAAUUGAUUUUUAUUUACUCUUUAUUUAUUUUUGUCAAAUUAGUAGUAAUUUGCUUAUGGUUUGUAUUGCUUUGGUGGGGUAUCUAUAUUUCUGUUAUUUAAUUUCCUCCUAAAUUAAAUGUAUCAAAAUUAAGUUGUAAUGCAAGGUAUAUUCAAUA